AUGGACUACAUUGAUUUGCCCAAGAUAGAGCUUCAUGCUCAUCUGACUGGAAGUAUAUCUCGCCGUGCUCUUCAUGAGGUAUGGCUCCGCAAAAAGGCAACUGGGAAUAUAGAUCUAGACGAUCCCCUAGUAGUUAUGCCUGAAGGUAAACACGACUAUGAUCUGAAAACCUUCUUCCCGCUUUUUAGCAGCUAUAUAUACAAUCUUAUCACAGACGAAGAGUCUGUUCGUUAUACCACCAACUCUGUUCUAACCGAAUUUUGCGAUGAUGGUGUCUGCUAUCUCGAGCUUCGGACCACACCACGCAGCACUCCUCAGCUUUCAGCAGAGCAGUAUGUCGCAACUCUUGUUGAUACAAUCUCAACAUUUGAGACUCAACACCCGCAGCUACAUACUCGACUAAUUCUGUCUAUCGACCGGAGACAUGAACUUGAGCAGGCUACGUCCACUCUCGUACUUGCGAUGAAAUAUCGCAGUCAAGGGGUUGUCGGUUUAGAUCUCUGCGGCGACCCAACAGCGCGACCCGGGGGUGAGAUCAGUCUAUUUACACCAGUCUUCCAAGAGGCAAAGAAGCAGGGUCUAGGUAUUACAGUGCAUUUUGCUGAAGCGGAAGCCAGCGGAUCCAGGGAGGAGCUAGACACGCUGCUUUCUUGGCAGCCAGGUCGUCUCGGGCAUGUAAUCUGGGAGGAUGAAGCAACAAAAAAGGAGAUUGCAAGUAGAGGGCUGUGCCUGGAGCUAUGUCUAAGCUGCAAUGUUCGAGCUGGCAUGGUGUUGGGUGGGUUUGAGGGGCAUCACUUUGGCCACUGGAGAGGAAUUGAGGGACCCAAGAUCGCCCUCAGUACUGACGAUGUGGGUGUAUUCGGCAGCCCGCUGUCCAACGAGUAUAGGCUCGUUGCGCAGCACUUUGCCCUCGAUAAACAAGCUAUAUGUGAUUUGGCGAAGGAGCCUAUCGAUGGUAUCUUUGGAGGCAAAGAGGAGAAGGAGAGGCUACGACGUAUCAUGUGGACUCUUUGA